UACUCCACAACAUUCCUGUUACAUUGGUCUGUUCGAUCUUUCACUCCAUAUUCGAUUGUGUUAGCUAUCGAUAGAAGGAUGGAGAAGUCAGUUGGUUCGCUGCAGGAACAGGCGCUGAAGAGGAAAGAAAGAUUAAAAGCUCUAAGAGACAAACAACUGCAGGGGAGAGACACUCAGGAUGGGGAGCCUGAGAGGAAGAGACCACUGGAAGAUCUGGAGCCGGAGCCAGAGGACAGGCACAGAGAGCUGAAGCUGAGGAACUACACCCCAGAGGACGAGGAGCUGAAGGGAAGACAGGUGCCCAAAGCCAAGCCUGCCUCAGUGGAGGACAAGGUGAAGGACCAGCUGGAGGCAGCCAUUCCAGAGCCCAUCAUAGAGGAAGUGGAUCUAGCCAACCUUGCUCCAAGGAAGCCUGAUUGGGAUUUGAAAAGAGAUGUAGCAAAGAAGCUGGAGAAGUUGGAGAGGAGAACACAGAAGGCGAUUGCCGAGCUUAUCAGGGACCGCUUGAGAGGCAGCGAAGAGGAGCUGGCGAUGGCAGUUGGAGCUGUUGGAGUGGCAGAUGGUGACUCAGACUGAACCGCUCCCUCACUCUGCAGGCCAUAUUCUACAGAUGCAGUCAUUUAAACAGGACUCGCGGUUCUCAGACUUGCUGCCACACCAUCCCAAAGGUGGGAACUUGACAAACCAGCAGGGCAAAGGGUUUCAUCUGAAUCUGAAGAUGGAUGAAAAGCUUCUGGCAGCUCCAGACAGGGUGCUCUUCUGUCCUCUGCUCUGGUCAUCCCUGUGGAAACCCCAUAACCCUUCAUUUUAGUCCUGCUUAAAACAAAUAUUGUUCUGAUUGGUCCAGCAGGGUUUCCCUAUCAUGACAUCCCCCAAAUUGUCCUUUUUUGAUGUGUGUUUUGCAUCUUGUCAUGUCUCAAGAUAAUGUUUAGUGUUUUUGUAAAAAGUGUAAUUAAAGACCAACUUUGAUAUGAAA